AUGGCUAGAUUUAUGAUAACCAGCUGGAUAAACGUUUCUUUUGAAGGAAAUUUGCAGAACUCUCUUGCUGAAUAUUCAAGAAGUACAAUAAAACUGGUAAGAGACAUGAUGGAUGAUCAACAGUCUGCUUUGGAUUACCUUUCUAAUCAGGUAAAUGAGCUCAUGAACAGAAUUGUUCUUUUGAAUGCAGCAGUUUUGAGAAAACAUUUGGAUACACAUCCUUACAAAGCAGUUCAAUCUCAUGGGCUGGACUGCACUCAUAUUAAAGAUACUGUUGGUUCAGUUUCAAAAACUCCAAGUGGUCUGUACAUUAUCCAUCCAGAAGGAUCAAAUUAUCCUUUUGAGGUUUUGUGUGAUAUGGAUUUUCGAGGAGGUGGAUGGACUGUGGUUCAGAAAAGAACUGAUGGAAUGAUUCAGUUUCAGAGAUCAUGGUCUGAAUAUCUGGAUGGAUUUGGUGACCUUAACGGGGAAUUUUGGCUUGGACUGAGGAAGAUUUUUGACAUAGUAAACCAAAAAGCUGCUAGUUUCAGUCUUUAUGUGGAUUUGGAAUCUGACAAUGACAAGCAUGCCUAUGCAUCAUAUGAUGGAUUUUGGAUCGAAGAUGAAGCAUGUUCUUUUAAGAUCCAUUUGGGGCGUUAUUCAGGAAAUGCUGGUGAUGCAUUUAGAGGAUAUAGAAAAGAAGAUAACCAGAAUUCGAUGCCUUUCAGCACAUUUGAUGUUGAUAAUGAUGGAUGCAGGCCAAUGUGCACUAUUAAAGAACAGCCUGUAAAGAGCUGCAGUAACUUCAGUGGCAACACUGGAUGGUGGUUCAGCCGGUGUGGCCUUGCAAACCUUAAUGGUGUUCAUCGCUACACAGGCAGAUUUUUUGCAACUGGGAUUCACUGGGAUACAUGGAGGGUGAACAAGAAACCAGUCAAAAUUAAAUCAGUUUCAAUGAAAAUUCGGAGAACCUAUUAUCCAUAUUUUCAUUAA